UUUUCCGCAUUUCAUAAUGUACGAGUAUAGAUAGUAAGCAGUAGGCAAAAUAUAAUAUAAUAUUAUUAUAAUACCACGACUGCCGAGUGAAUCCAAAAAAGUACCUUAUAAUUUAUAAACUUAUGACCGUUCGACAGAUGGAUAAUGCAUAUACGUACACGUAAAUAUAGUGCGUGUACUGCAGUGUACCUAUGUAUGUGUGUGGACAUGCUGGCGCGUAUUUUUAAAAACAAGGUCAUGGAAAAUAGGAAUAAUCGAUUCCAUCGCACACGCUUUUACGUGCACGCAUCCCCCAUCAUUUCCUCGUCGCCGAGUUCAACGAUUCGGCGGUGGUGGCUUUUAUUGCACGUAUUUUUUUUCUGUUACGUGUCCGCGUGGCGUGGCGCCGCCGUUGGCAGCAAAAGCCGUUUUAGAGUUUAGUUUCGCGACCACGUCCGGUCAUUAAACAAUUCAAUUCGUUUCCGCGCGCGCACAUCACGGUCCGACCUGUAUUAUUGUUUUAUAUAAAAUAUAUUGAUUGAUGUGUUUUUUAAUAUCAAAUAAACACAAUAUAUAUUAUAAUUGAUAAUUAAAUGUCUCUGUGCAUCACGAUCAUGGCCAACGCCUCGGAAAUCUAACGUCCAUGAGACCACCACGACCACGGUCUUUUCAACGUCGUAUAUAUAUUGCAAAUAGUUGCAAUUGUGUUGACGAUCCUCGUUCAAAAGAACUUGGUCGCUGUUAAUUGGUAUGUCCUCAAACAAUGAACCUACUUGGAGAAUAUGCAGAAAAGCAGUGUGGAUGUUGAUACAAAAUGUUAAUAACUUAGCCGAUGCCGAAGCUUUACUAAACCAACAAGAGAAUGACCUUCAUAUUGCAAGCGGCAAAUGUUUCAUUUUAUUACUGACGGCAAUCCAAGCGCCGGAAAAGUCGCGACUGGAAUCCGUGCAGGCCGAGUUCAAGCGGUUCGAGGCGCGGUGCGGCGCAAUGUUGGACGGCGGCGGUUGGUUGGGGUUGGUCAGGCGGAAGCUGCAAUUCUCGUCGAGCGCCGCCGCGGGCGUCGACCACUACGACGGACAGAUCGCGCUGGCCGACGUCACCCUGUGCAUAGUCGGACUGAUGAUCGUGAAGGUCAUGAACGGGUACAACGUGGGCCACAUAGCUACCGCCAAGGCGGUUUACACGUUGCGGCGUGCCUGGAAAAUGUAUCAGCAGUGUUACGCCUCCGUGCUGGACGUCUACCGCACCGUGUACGACCUGGACCCCGACGAGAACACUCCGCGGUGGCCGCCGGUUUUGAAACGCAGACAAUCCUCGUCCGCCACCUCGUUGGCUUCGACGUCGAACGUAGGAAGUCGUAUGUAUCGCUCGGCUACCACAUCAUUUGAAACGUUUCGUCAAGAUAGUGUGUCGAGCGGGAUGUCUAAAGACGUGGUUAGAUUGAUGGCAGCGGUCAGUGUGGGAUAUGGCGCUUUUAAUUUGAUCUUAUCAUUAGUUUCACCUAUGAUGGUCCCUCUAAUUGGAAUGUUGGGUUUUCGUGGAAAUCGCCAAACCGGUUUAGACGCUUUAACGUUUGCCAAAAAUGGACCUGACGUACACGCACCGUUGGCAUGGUUGAUCCUGUCGUGGUAUCACAUGAUGGGAAACACAGAUUACUUGUUUGACGGUCCCCAGUCUCGAGAAAAUGAAACCUAUGUCAAGGAAUCAGAACAAUUAGUUUGUAAUCCGCCCGAAGAAUUCCAAAACUCGACAUCUCUGCAAUACUUUAUCGGGCGAUCGCUUUAUCUCAAGGGUGAUUUAGAACGAUCGAUACGAGCGUACGAAAUUGGAUCAACAGUUUUAGUUGAUAAUUCUUUUGUAAGUAUGAAAACAAUGUGUUUACAUGAAUUAGGAUUCAUGUAUGCAAUUAAAUUGGAUUGGAUUGCUGCGUAUAAAAAAUUCGCAAGUGUAGCAGAAGUGUGGAUGAAGCAGUAUCAUUACUUCAUGGCUACAGUGUGCGCAGGCGCAGCGGGUGAUACAACUACGGCUGAGCUUAUGAGACGGCGGGCUGAUGAGGUGGUCAACGGCUGCAGGUUGAACGCGUAUCGGGGAACAAUGUGCAGCUUUAUGGAGAACAAAGAGAACAAGGUGGCCGAAGCACUGCGGUGGACGGCAGCGGCCUCGAGCGAAGACGGCGUCGACUGCAAACACAGCCACUUCAACUGCGACGGCCAGCGUUACUGCCGUCUGAUCGCUUACGAGGUGCUGUACGUCAAGUACGGCGUGGCCAAGUGGCCGGUAGACGCGCUGCACGCCGUCUUGUCGGAUUGCCAAGAAGCUGAAGACGACGACAACACGAUGUGGUACACAAAACAAUUGCUGGCGGUCGUCUGUCGGAGAGUUUUGGGUUUUGGCAACGACCACUGUCAAUCUCUAAUUGACAUUGUCGAAAAUAUGGACCGGAAUCAGCGACGUGAUCACUUAUACGUAUACGGAGUUUAUGAACUGACCACCGAGCAGAUAAGACACACCGAAACUAUAGAUGAGGGCAAACGAACAGUACAAAAACUCAAAGAUAUAAAACGAAAUUACCAUUUUCAGUACUUCUAUGAAAUGCGAUGUGUCUCGUUGCAAGCGUACGUACAAAAAUUAAACGUCAGAUGACGAUCAGAGGCUGCAACAACUACUACAGGAUGGAUUGUGAAAUUAAAAUGUUUUCGCGAACUUAUUGUUGUUAAUCACUCAGAUUUUUAAUACUCAAGCACAUACAUAUUAUUAUUGUUUUCAUCGAAACCAUGUACUAAAAUGCAAUAUUAGAAACGUAUUUUAUUAUAUUAUAUGGACGAAAUAGGGCUAUAGAAACUAAGCCGUCCAUAAAAUAGGUAUAGAAAAUUGGUGUCUUGUAUCGAGUAAGAAUAACAAUAAGUGAUUACAGUAAGUAUCUAUUAUCUUUAUAAACAAUAUUAAAUAAAGUAAAUAACAACAAAAUA